AUGAAUAACCUUAGUAAUGAUAGAGUUAAUAAUCUUAUUGAGUCAUUUACAGAGAAGCUUAUGUUACAGUUUGAAAUUUAUUUGCAUGAUCCAUCAAACAGCAGGCCGAUACUGGAUAUUAAACUCGUUGACUAUAUAAAUCCGAAAAUCUGCAACAUAACACAGAUUAUAUAUCUGAUUAACAAUGACACAAUACCGACACAACUCCCCCUGUUCUAUGGUUAUAACACAAAGACUGAUUGUUUGACCAAUAUAUUAACGAAGUUGAUAUAUAAAGAAUAUGUGGAAUCGUCUUUGACGCAUACUAAACAACAGGACUCGUUGGUAGAUCUUUCUAAUCCAGCUGAGUGGUUUCCUGAAGCAAGAAAGAUGAAGCGUAAGUUCAUUAUGCAUGUUGGACCAACUAAUAGUGGUAAGACAUAUAAUUCUUUGCAGAAAUUGGCCAAGGCCAAAUCAGGUUAUUAUGCUGGCCCGUUAAGAUUAUUAGCCAGAGAAAUAUAUGAGAGGUUUCAUGAUCAGGGCAUAAAAUGUAAUUUAAUAACUGGUGAAGAAGUGAUCCCGUCCAUUGACUCUUUUGGAAAAAUAAGCGAAAUCUCUUCAGGAACUAUUGAAAUGAUUCCCAGCCACAAGAAAAUGGACAUCUGUAUAAUUGAUGAAAUUCAAAUGAUUGCUGAUCCGAGAAGAGGAGAAGCAUGGACUAAUGCUGUAUUGGGUGUUCAGGCAAAAGAAAUUCAUAUGUGUGGAGAAGAAAGUGCUGUUCCAUUAAUAUUAAAGUUGGCUAAAAUCACUGGUGACGAAGUUGAAAUUAAUAAGUAUAAUAGAUUAGGAAAGUUAACUGUUUGUAACAAGGAAGUUAACAAUUUCAAGAAUCUUCAAAAAGGUGAUUGUGUUAUUGCAUUUUCUAAGAGAAAAAUCUUAGAAUUAAAAUGUGAAAUUGAAAGAUCGACUAAUUUAAAAGUCGGGGUUAUUUACGGGGCAUUACCACCUGAAAUCAGAUCGAAAGAAGCAAACGGUUUUAAUAGUGGCCAUUAUGAUGUCCUAGUAGCCUCAGAUGCUGUUGGUAUGGGCCUUAAUUUGAAAAUUAAAAGAAUCGUCUUUUAUGCAACUAAAAAAUUUAACGGAAACGAAACCAUUCCUCUUACUGCAUCUGAAACGAAGCAGAUAUCAGGUAGGGCAGGCAGAUUCAGCAAAGAUGAAGGAGAGCUGGAGGGAUUCGUCACUGCCAUGUAUAAAAAAGAUCUUCUAUUCUUGAAAAAAAUGAUGAAUGAGCCGAUCCAGAAUUUAUCAAAAGCUUGUACAUGGCCAACAGACAAGGUUUGGACAUAUUAUAUGAGCAAAUUCCCAAAAUAUACUUCUUUUUAUGACAUUUUAGCACAAUUUGAAAAAGAGACAACUAGCAUUGAAAUGGAGAAUUUUUUCAUUACUGCAUUAGAUUCUAGAUAUGAAAUUUUAAAUUUAUUCUUGAGAAAUGAUUUGUACAAGAAAACCACUAUCGAAGAUCAAUUGAGAUUAAGUUUGGCCCCUAUUAAUAUCAAUAUGUCGUCACCAUUAGUGGUUGAUACAGCACUUAAAUUUUUUCAGAAUAUCACAAAGUGUGAAACCAAAAAUAUAUUUGAUUUCAACUUCUUACAUACUGAGACAUUGAAAAGACGUCCAAAGUUUACCGCCACAACCGAGCAGACUGUACAGACUUUGCAGAGUCUUGAAGAGAACCACAAAUUGGUCUUAAUAUUUUUGUGGCUAAGUCAAAGAUGGCCAACAUUAUUUGUUGACAAAGAAAGUGCUACUGAAACCAAAACUUUAAUCGAAAAGCGCAUUAGCGAAGAGUUACUUAAUCUUAGAAGAUUAAUCAAGAAUUCUCGUUCAGUUGGAAUUGAGCCAAGAAGAUCCAACCCAAAGAGCUUCAAAUAUCGUUCAAGCCAACAAAAAUGA